UUUUUUGUACUGUAUUUUAGUAUGUAUGCAUAUCUAUAAUAAUACGCUGAGUGUGUCUAUCUGUGACAGUCAAAGUGGAUAUGUUCAUUUUCCUUUGAUAUCGCCAAAAAAGUUAUGUCUCAAAUGUUAAAUUUUCUGACGUAACGGCGCAACGUCGAUAACACUACUUUUAAAUUAAUGAAGCCAUUACAAUGCACCUAAAACUUUGAGGCCAAAUAACUUGGAAACGAAGUGGUGACGUCAAUGAUUUUUCACCGCGUGGGUAACUAGCGACCACCUAGGACCAAUUUGGGUUAUAUUCCCAAACCUGGGUCCCCAAAUCUGUUUUGGAAUGGACGGGUUAAUGAUCUCAUUCAAAAACCUUUAAACCUUAAUAUCUCUGCAACCGUUUGUCAAAAGUACAUAAUCCUAUACAUUUUCUUGAUCAGCGUUUUUAGAGAUAUAUUAAUCUAAAUGUACCAUUUCUUUCAAGUCAAACAUUCUUAAAGAUAAUAAUAGAAAAAACUACAUGGUUAUGUUUAGUUUUCAGGUCUAUACGUUGAAGGCAACGGUAUAUAAAUUUUUAAAAAUUUUUUUUACAGUUUUGACGGGUCAUUGCUGAUGUCAGCAAAAUUUUUAAGCCCUUAUUUCUCCUUAACCGCUCAUCAAAAGCGCAUGAUCAUAUACAUUUUCUUGAUCAGCAUUUUAAGCUCUACCAAUAGAGGCAACGUGAAAAUAAGGUUCUAAAUUAUUUUUUUUAUGGAUGGGUUGCUGACGUCAUAAAAAUUUAAAUGACACUUCUUUUUCGAUUUUAAUCUGCACUGUGGAUUUUUCCACAGGCUUUAUUGACUAGUAUAUAGUUUCUUUGUUGUAAAUUUUUCCAAUGUCUUUUAUUCUGACCCAACUUAGAACAUGGCUCGUCUAAAGACGGGGCGGACUAUAUUUUGACACGGUUACCCAUCUUUCAACACAGUGGCUCUUCUUUUGACAUGCUGCCCUGUGAACUGACGAUGCAGGUCCAGCUUGCAACAUGGCGUUAAAGGAUGUUUGCAUACAUCAAGACCUUGAAUUCAACUUAAACUAACUUCAAUAAAGUGAAAAAACAACUUUUUAUAGCGUAUAUUGUUGUAUAUAGCUGGCUUAGAUUAAAUCGAAUUAUGCAUUUCAUGUUUGUUGUGUGUAGCAAAAACAACACUACUUGGAAAUUCUUGGUGCAAGACUAGAUCUUUAGUUUUCAUCCUUGACAAGAUUGAAUAACGAAUGCAUUUUUCAAAGUAGGUAAAGACUUGCUUGUUGCAUCAUUGGAAAUGUUUUUAACCAGAUGGUUGUGUGCAUAAUGACUAUCUAAAUAAUUAUGACUCAGAUACCAAGAUAUAACAUUCAGCUUGGUGUAGUGUAAUGUUAUAUGUAUUAUAGCUAGCUAGCAGAAUUUAUGACAAGGUAUUUGUAUUGCUCAUUACUUUAGCAAUAUAGUAUAUUUGUAAUAGAUUUUAUUUAGAGAAUUCAAGAUUUAUUCUCAUCCAUGCAUUUUUUGUCAUCUUUAGUCCUCUCCUAUAGAGACUGCAUUUGUCCACAGUUGAGUCUGGCCUGUCUUAAAUUUUUUAUCAUGUUAUAGCUGUCUCUAAUAAGUGUCAAGUGUCAAUAGUUGCGCCUGUCCCAUCUUAUGACACAUUUUCUAAAAUUGCAAAAGUCCUUUGUAAACAAUCAAGUUUGUCCCAUUUGAUGACCUGUUCUUUAGAACUGAAAGAUUUCUUUAUCAAUAGUUUGGCCUUUACCAAUUUAAGACCAAUUUGCAUAAAUUUGUCCAAAGUUGGGCUGGGCUCAUUAAUAGAUGGGUCAUCCCAAUUCCGAACGCUUCUUUUGACAGGUCAGUCCUGUGUCCAAAGUUGAUAAAUAAAAUGUAUGAUAGAACACUUUUGUGGUCAUUGUUUGCAUUUUGAAAACUUGUUUUGUGCCUUUAAUAAAUAGUUAAGUCUUUUUAAUUUAAUUUAUUUAAUGUCUGCAAAAAAUUACAAACAUAAAUUUAUUCACCUGCAUUACUUUUUUAAAUUCGUGUUUCAGGUGAGCAAUUGUAUAUUUAUUUUUGUGAUUACAUGCUCUGAUACACAAACAACAAGUAAAGUUAAAAAAAAGUUGAGCAAAUUUUUGCAAGUUAAAAAAACACAUCAACAUUCACCUAGACAUGCAAAUGUGAAUUAGAAAGGCUACAGUUCUAAGUAACAAAGAGUAAUUUAAAUGAUUUUAUACUAUAAACAUGAAAUAGAGAAAUAAAGUUAAUCAGUGAAAUGGCUACCUCUUGGCUAUCUCCCUUUUGUUCACAUCCUAUUGGGGCACGGAUUUUGUACUAUCCAACAUUACUGUUUGGAAUAAUGAAAACUAGUGGUGAGAGACGAUGGUAUGAUAGAAUAAAUGAUAAAGUCAUCUUGGGUGCUCUACCCUUACAUUCCACUGUAAAGAAACUAGUAGAUACUGAAAAUGUUACAAGGGUUGUCACACUAAAUGAAAGUUAUGAAACAAGAUGCAUAUGCCCAACAGAAAAUGAAUGGAACUUAAUGGGUGUUCAACAGAUUUGUAUUCCAACAGUUGACUACAAUAAUGCACCAACAAUGCAACAAAUUAAAACUAGUAUAGAAUUCAUCAAAGAAGUUGAGAAUGGCAAAUCAGUAUAUGUACAUUGUAAGGCUGGAAGAAGCAGAAGCGCCACUGUGGUGCUGUGUUAUUUGAUCUCCCAGUAUGACAUAAAUCCAACGACAGCUUUUGAUUUUGUUAAAAGUAAAAGACCACACAUAGUGCUUGGACAGGCACAAACAAAUCAAGUAGAUAAUUUUUUUAAUAACUACAGAAUGUAGUAAAUAAUACAUUUUUAUUGGAAUACCGAUGGAUGUUUUACACAAGUUUAUACUUAUCAGGAUGUAAUCCAGCGUCCUCAGUAGCUAAAAUUUAUCUUGAAUUUCCCAAUUCAUGACUCAAAUCACCAUAAUAGACAUUAAGGAUUAGAAGUCUUUUAUGGUACAACCUUUUUAAGAUCCUUAAUGGAAUUUUUAGUUUAGAUCUUUAACUGUCUCUGUUUUAAAUUUAUGGAUUACACCCUGCCUUGAAUUAUGUCAAUUUGCUUUUUCCUCUAUCAAAACACUGUUUAAUACAUGUAAAAUAUUUUAAAUUCGGAGCAGACGUAGAAGUUAUGCGCAUGUUUUUAUUCUUUUUUAAGAGGACCUUGUGGUAAAAAUUUGUGUGAAUAAUCUGUUAUUGAUUAGAUUCAUCAUGCUUUGUUGUAACGAUAAAUCCCAAUUAGAUCAGAAAGAUUGUAUCUUAAUAGUAUAUACAUCUGAGAAAUAUAAAAUAUUAAGGAUCUUGUGA